AUGGACGCCUACGCCUACCUAAUCCGCCACGGCUGGUCCGGUCCGGGCAACCCUCUAAACCCCGACCGCGCCGGCGUGCGCGGCGGCCUAGGCCUGACAAAGCCGCUCCUCGUUGCGCGACGGUCAGGAAACAGCGGUAUCGGGAAGACGACGACGAAGGACCCGACGAACCAGUGGUGGUUGCGCGGGUUUGAGGAUGCGCUGAAGGGGAUUGGGCAGGCGGAUGCUGGGGCUGGACAGGGGCCAGUGGGGAAGGGGAAUGCGUUGACGAGUGAGCUUUAUCGGUUUUUUGUUAGGGGGGAGACUGUUCCUGGGACUUUGGGGAAUAAGGAUAAAGAUCAGGAUAAGAAGGAGAAGGAUGGGGGGAAGAAGAGGAAGAGGGAUGUGGAUGAGACGAAGGAGGAGAAGAGGCUGAGGAAGGAGGAGAAGAAGAGAAGGAAAGUUGAGAAGGAGGAACGGAGGGAGCGGAGGAGGGAGAAGAGGGAGAGCAAGGCCAAGAGGGCCGAGGAAAAGGCUGAGAAGAAGGCAAGAAAGGCUGAAAAGAAGAACGAGAAGAAGCCUGAGGAUGACUAUCCUACGCCAGUUUCGAUGGAUUUGGACUCGACAGACAACCAGGAUGGAGGUUCAGAACUGGACACGCUGAAGGAGAAAAAAGAGAACAAGGACAAGUCAAAGGAAAAGGAAGACAAAUCCUCAAAAGAGAAAAAGAAGGAUAAGAAACGAGAAUCAUCCGACGAAAGCUCAAAACGCAAGUCGAAAAAGAGCAAAUCGACGUGA